AUCAGGAGAACCCCGGAAGAGUCUCUUGUCUGUUACUUCUCAAUGCCCUGUGGCACUGGGCUCCCAAGGCACACAGCUUUGCCGAUUUCCCAGGUAAAACUGAAAGCAGCUCACCUGCUGCGCCCAGGAGGUGAUUCCCCCAGGGCCUUUGGAGAUGGUUCUCAGCGAGCUGAUGAUUAACAAAGGUUUGACAAGGCAUGCAGCUUGGAAAGUUGUAUUCUCUGCAUGGGGAUGGCUGCAUGGGUGCUAACUCUGGAACUGAAGAAUCAAAAGGCGGCUGAAGAGGACCCCCGGGAUUCUGCCAACAUUUCCAGCAGUUUUAAGCUGAAUAUCUCCCCAAGAACCUAGUGGAUGUAAGCCUGGAGCCACACCGCUGACGCUGGGAAACUCUCAGAAAACUCUGUUACCCAACGGUGGUCCUAGCACUGGCCACUUGCAAAUGGACAGCAGCCCCAUCUUUUAACCAGUGGAAUGGAGAAGAAAGCUCCCUACCAUGAGAGCCAGCCUCUCACAUCGAAAAAAGGGGACUGUAAAGAAGGGGACGAUUGUGCAGAAAACGGACAUCUCCUCAAGGACACCAAACCUACCCUGUGCCUGGCAGAGGACCCACACAAAGUACAGCCCAACCAGGGGGACAAAGGGGCAACAAGCCAGAUCUCCAACGGGUAUUCAGUGGCCCAGAGCCCAAGUCCAGGAGACGGGGUGGAGGCCUCAUUUGCUGUCCCUCGUGCUCCCACAAUGGCCAACACUGUCUCUCCCACUUGGGGGGUAGAAGUUCGGCAACACCCGAGGGAGCUGGAUGAGAGAGAGACCUGGGGCAAGAAAAUGGACUUUCUCCUCUCUGUUAUUGGCUAUGCAGUAGACCUGGGCAACGUUUGGCGAUUCCCUUACAUUUGUUACCAAAACGGAGGAGGGGCUUUCCUUAUCCCUUAUACAAUCAUGGCUGUCUUUGGAGGGAUCCCUCUCUUCUACAUGGAACUGGCCCUAGGGCAGUAUCACCGCAAUGGAUGCAUCUCAGUCUGGAGAAAAAUCUGCCCCAUUUUUAAAGGAAUCGGCUAUGCCAUCUGCAUCAUAGCUUUCUACAUCGCCUCCUACUACAACACCAUCAUGGCUUGGGCCAUGUACUACCUCAUUUCCUCUUUCACGGAAGAGCUGCCUUGGACCAGCUGCACAAACCCGUGGAACACCGAGAGCUGUACCAACUACUUCUCCAACCAGACCAUCGCCUGGACCAAGAACUCCACCUCCCCCGCAGAAGAAUUUUACACCCGCCAUAUCCUGCAGGUGCACAGAGCCAAGGGCCUGGAUGACUUGGGGGGCAUCAGCUGGCAGCUCACCCUUUGCCUGCUGUUUAUCUUCACCAUCGUGUACUUCAGCAUCUGGAAAGGGGUGAAAACCUCUGGAAAGGUGGUGUGGGUGACUGCCACGUUUCCUUACGCUGUACUCUUUAUCCUUUUAAUACGGGGUGCUACUUUGCCCGGCGCUUGGAGAGGGGUGGUCUACUAUCUGAAGCCCGAAUGGCAUAAACUUCUCACUACUGAGGUCUGGGUGGACGCUGCAGCUCAAAUUUUCUUCUCUCUUGGCCCAGGAUUUGGGGUCCUCCUUGCCUUCGCAAGCUACAACAAGUUUCACAACAACUGCUACCAAGAUGCUUUGGUCACCAGUGCCGUGAAUUGCAUGACGAGUUUUGUGUCUGGAUUUGUCAUCUUCACCGUGCUCGGAUACAUGGCUGAGAUGAGGCACGAAGAGGUGUCAGAGGUUGCCAAAGAUGCUGGACCCAGCCUCCUCUUCAUCACCUACGCAGAAGCCAUUGCCAACAUGCCCGCCUCCACUUUCUUUGCCAUUAUAUUCUUCCUGAUGUUGAUCACGCUGGGCUUGGACAGCACGUUUGCAGGGCUCGAAGGAGUCAUCACGGCUGUCCUGGAUGAAUUCCCACACGUCUGGGGCAAGCGCCGGGAGCUGUUUGUGCUCUGUUUCAUCAUGAUCUGCUUCCUGGGCGCAUUAUCAACACUGACCUUUGGUGGUGCUUACGUAGUGAAGCUCUUUGAAGAAUAUGCCACAGGCCCAGCUGUCCUAAUCGUGGUGUUUCUAGAGUCCAUUGCGGUAGCUUGGUUCUAUGGUGUUGCCCAGUUUUGCAGUGAUGUGAAAGAGAUGAUUGGAUUCAGCCCGGGUUGGUACUGGAAAGUCUGCUGGAUCGCCAUCAGCCCUCUCUUCCUCCUGUUCAUCAUCAUCAGCUUCAUGUCCAGCCCAGUGGAGCUCCGGCUUUUUGACUACACGUACCCUUACUGGACGAUGGUGCUGGGCUACUGCAUUGGGUUCUCGUCUUUCAUCUGUGUUCCUGCCUACAUGGUUUAUCGACUGGCAACCACUCCUGGAACACUUAAAGAGCGUAUUCUAAAAAGCAUCACUCCAGAAACCGCCACAGAGAUUCCCCUGGGGGACAUCCGAAUGAAUGCAGUUUAAGCAGCCGUUACCAUUUUGGUGGAUGCAGGGGAGGCGGGAGUGCGGUGGGGUGAGCGCUCCCUCGCUCCUUGCUUCGUGUUGCUCUAAGCUCCUCUGUUCUCAAGAACUGAAUCUCCACCCAGAAGAGGAGCACACUAACCGGGGCCAGACCUCCAUGCAUUCCCAAUGAAGAGACACUGGCUGCGCUUCCGAGUCCCCAGGAGCGCUCCGGUUUGUUUUGAGAAUGCAUUCGUGGGAAUGAACAUCAGCACUUCCCAAACGAGAUAUGGGAUACCUGACUGCAUGCCGCCACCCAACAACCGUUGCAAAUUAGGAUUAUGUUUAGAGCCACGCAUCUGUGCCAGCAUCCCUUUUUUGCUCUGUGUGACCCUCUGUAAUGGACCUUGCUGUAUUUGCUUCUAAAGAUCUCAGUAUUUUCAACCAAAAACCAACCCACCCACCCAACAACCUAAAAAAACCAACACAUCCAGUCCCACUAGCCAGCCUUCGUCCAAGAAAUACAUUUUUAUUGCUUGAGUAGGUAAGGUAAAGUGUGUACAGAGGCCCCCAUGAAGUCCCAUUUCAUGGGGUGUUCAAGGCAAGUGAGGAACAGAGGUGGUUUGGCCAUUGCAUUCCUCUGCAUAGCUGUCCCAGUCUUCCUUGGUGGUCUGUAAUACAAGUACCAGUCUCUGAUGAGAUCGGGCUUAUUAGGGUUGGUACUACUGCCUGAGUACCUGCUCCAACUCUACAAGGAGGAAUGACCAAAAAGCCCAGCGCAAGAGCUGAGUUUAUGCGAUCAGCUGGCUUCUCAUUGCAGAUUGCAAAUUAAGAGACUGCACAUUUGAUCGUGUUCCUCCUAAGAGGGAAAAUGCCAUCCUAGAAAACCAAAUGCAACAGGAGAAAAGGGCAGGCUAGAACACUGUUCUCUGAUAAGCUAAUGUCCAGUGUGCAUAGAUCGCUGUUUCCAUUUUUAAUGCAGGAGCAAUCAAACAGGAAAUCCCACCUCUGCUAUUUGAAAAGCUACCCUGUGAUUCUGCCAAUCACGUGGCUUGGGUCUGUGGGUUCAAACAAGCCACCAAGUUGCUUGAACCCUUCAAUGCCAGACAGCUCGGUGGCAACUUGUCCGUUCACCAGCUUACCCAUCAUUACAAGGAAAGCGAAAUGUUAGACCCUAGGGAGCGACCAUCUUGCUCCGUGAAGAGUGGGGGGGCUACCGUCCGAGUCUCUGCUCAGUUGCUUGCUUCACUUACACCACCACCCUCUCGCUGUGUGUUGUACAGUCACCAUCCAUACUGCUGUGUUCUCUUCCUAUCCACCUUCCUUUGCACAGCAUGGAUGUGUCCCUUCCUUGUACAGAGGAAACCACGUGUAAAUCACAGCCACGUUCCACAAGCAGAUGUAUUCACACAGCACAUCGGCCGCAAUCCACAGGCAGCCAUGCUGUAUAGUCACAUCCUUAGGAAUAAUUAUUAAAACAAGUUUGACUGUGGUGCUUUUUCACAUGAGAGCCGUGGAGCUUUUUUGAAAUCUAUGGAUGCUGAGCCAAUCCAAUGUUGUCUGCACAGGGUCUGGACGCAGCGUCAGGCCAAAUCCUCCAGUGCGAGAUGGAGCUGCUUUGCUCUAGAAUGAAAACAGUUGUGAUACCUCCUGCCACCACGCUGAAAGAGCAACAGGAGAGUUGCAGGCACAGCUUAAGAGUGUUGCGUGUUCCAUGUGCGCUCUCUCGCAGUAUCACCUUCCAGGCACCUUCAGUUGCAGAUUUACAGCAAUAUUUGAUAAAAUAUUCAGUCGUUGCAAAGGGGAAGCAGCCUAGAGGUAAAGAAAGUUUGCUGCACGAUACCAGAGCAGCUUCUCUCCUAAGACAGAUUUAUUAUUUUUUAAUAACUAGCAUUAAGUUCCAAACCAGUAAGUUGGUGGAGCUACUGUGUGUACAGGUGUGUGCAUUUCUGUUGCAGCACAACAUUUGUGUGCAAUUACAUUGACAAGUGGGCAACACCAGCGUAAAAGAUUAGGAUGUAUUUAGGCACUUUGACACUGCAGUUCUGGACCCUCAGCCCUACUGAAACUGCAAGGGAGUGGAAGGAAACAUUAUUAAAUCCACAAGCAAAUGAGCAUAGCCGACCAAGAUUUCUUGUGCACAGGCUAGCGUUUAAUAAAAAUGUGGCCUGCCCCAAGAGGGUCAAUCUGGGAAUUUGCAAAGCCCUGCCAGCUAUCAUUCCUGGGUGAACUGGUAACCAUGUUUUCCUUUCGUAUGGAAAAAUUAAACUGGAGUUUUAUUCUACAAAACAUAUUCCUCUCUCACUUGUAGAUAAAAAGCACCUGUAUUAAGUUAUGCUGCUGCAUUAGUUAUGAAUGUCCCCCUCCCCCCAAUGCUGGAUUGUCAGUCUUCAGUAUGUGCCUUCCAACGUAAAUUGUUACUGUAAUAAAUUUAAUAUCACAAUAAAAAUGGCAGUUGUG